UGCGUCUCAAAGAGACAGGUUAUUGCCGUUUAGGGUUUAAGCAAAAUCAAGAAAAAGCAGUUAAGCAGCUUCUGUUCCUCAGCUGCUGUGUGUUUGGCAAAAGGGAAAAAAUAAUGGUGGUUGACAAAGGGAAGAAGCAGAAAGUGGAAGAGGAAAACUACAUUGAUGAAAAGCUCAUUUUUUCCAUUGAAAAAUUGCAAGAAAUACAAGACGACCUUGAUAAGAUCAAUGAGAAAGCAAGCGAGGAAGUGUUGGAAAUAGAACAGAAGUACAACAAGAUCCGCAAGCCUGUUUAUGAUAAGCGAAAUGAUAUCAUUAACUCUAUUUCUGACUUCUGGUUGACUGCUUUUUUGAGUCAUCCUGUUCUUGGUGACCUUCUAACUGAAGAGGACCAAAAGAUUUUCAAAUUCUUAAGUUCUAUUGAAGUGGAAGACUCGAAAGAUGUGAAAUUUGGUUAUUCAAUCACGUUUAACUUUAAGUCCAAUCCUUUUUUUGAAAAUUCAAAGCUCUCAAAGACCUAUACCUUUCUUGAAGAUGGACCUACAAAAAUCACAGCUACACCAAUAAAAUGGAAAGAAGGCAAGGGCAUUCCUAAUGGUGUUGCUCAGGAGAAGAAAGGAAACAAGCGAUCCCAUGCUGAAGAGAGCUUCUUCACCUGGUUCAGUGAAGUCAAUAAAAAAGAUGACAGCGAUGAUGAUGAAAAUGAGGUUCUGGAGAUUCAGGAUGAGGUUGCUGAAAUAAUCAAGGAUGACUUGUGGCCAAACCCUUUAACUUAUUUUACCAAUGAGCCUGAUGAAGAAGAUUUUGAGGGUGAUGAAGGUGGUGAUGAGGGCGAAGACUCUGAAGAUGAAGGUGAUGAGGAGGAAGAGGAAGACGAUGAAGAUGAAGAAGACAAAUGAACUGUUAAUGGACCUCGUGUUUGAUUUGAUUUCUCUUCGACGUUUCAAUCAUCAUAGUUGCUAUCUGUAAAGAAGCUUAAUAUUGCAGAAAAAUUGAAUUAUAUAUAGUGGUGACUUCUUUUUGGCUACAAUGAACUUUUUCUUAUUCAUU